AUGCCUCGCCGCAAGUUCAUCGACAAAAAGACUGCCAUCAACUACCGCCUCGUUCACCGCGCCCAGAACGACCCGAGGAUCCACGAUGAAGAUGCCCCACAGAUGGUCUUCGCCGAGACGGUGCCAGCAAACCUGCGCGAAGGCGACGAGCCUGCUGGCAGUUCGCGCGCAUCACAGUACUCUUCCGUCUCGCGCGCCUCGCAGUUCUCGUCGGCGACGGGACGCAGCAAAAUCAAGUCAAGAGGAGACCUAGACAGCGAAUAUGGAGACGCCGUCAGACGAAACGAGGGCGAGGCCGCCAACUAUGGCAUCUUCUACGACGAUUCCAAGUACGACUACAUGCAGCACAUGCGCGACCUGAACUCUGGCGGUGGAGACGCACACUUUGUUGAGGCCAAGGAAGACAAGAAGAAGGGGAAAGAGAAGUUUGACCUGGCGGACGCGCUGAAGAAUGCCUCGCUAGACGACAGGCAGAGCGACGCCGGCUACAGCAUGAACAGCACAGUUAGCAGCGUCAGCGACAUGUUCGGCGAAGAUAUGGCGCCCUCUGAGUUCGUGCGCAAGACCACAUACCAGGACCAGCAGAACAUCCCCGAUGCGCUCUCUGGAUUCCAGCCAGACAUGGACCCGCGACUACGAGAAGUGCUCGAGGCGCUCGACGACGAAGCCUACGUGGACGACGACGAAGAUAUCUUCGACAGCCUCCAACAGGACAGCUUCGAGCUGAAUCAGCGCGAGUUCGAAGCCGCCGGUCAAUUCGACGCCGACCGCGACGCACUCGACCGCUUCCUGGACGAAGACGACGCAGGCUGGGAAUCAGACGACACCGUCCGCGCGUCCUCGCCCUCGCGGAAACCCAAACCCGCCGAGCCCCUUCAGCCAGGCGAGCUCCCAGCACCAGACGAAGCGCCGCCGCUCGCCGACGCCGGCGACAUGGCGUACAUGGAGGAGUUCAAAAAGUUCAAGAACGACGUCAAGUCGAGCAAAGCGCCCAAGCCCGCGGCGCCAAGCGACAUGCAGUCGUCCAUCAUGACGGGCGCGUCGGCCCUGACCGCCGGCGGGCGGCGCAAGAAGCGCAAGGGCGCGCUGACCAGCACAUCCGGGUACUCGAUGUCGUCGUCGGCGCUGCACCGCACAGACGCCCUGUCGCUGCUCGACGAGCGCUUCGAGAAGAUCGAGGAGGAGUACGCGGACGACGGCUUUGAUUUCCCCGACGACGAGUCAAUGGUCUCGGGCAUGUCCAAGAUCAGCGGCAUCAGCGGCAUGACAGGCAUGAGCCAGUGGAGCUCUGCUGAUGCGCCGCCGCUGCGUAGCGAUUUCGACAGCAUCAUGGACGACUUCUUGGGGAACCACAUGACAGUUGGCAAGUCGGGGAGGCACGUUCGCAAGGGCAAGGUUGCGACGGGUAUGGAGCAGCUGGAUGAAGUGAGGAGUGGGCUGGGCAAGGCCCGCAUGAGUGACAGGACGCAGCAGAGGUACGGAGCGCAGAAGGCGCAGUUCAUCUGA